AUGGAAAAUAUAUCACGAGAAGAGAAAUUCAAAGCCAUGAAGCUGCUGGAGCUCAAAGCCUACUUACAAAAUCGAGGAAUUACUGUUAACAGUUACCUCAAACCAGAACUUGUAGCUAUUGCUUGUGCCGUCGAAGAAAUGAGUCUUCCAUUGCUUUUUCAAGUCAGUGAAGCCCAAGACCAGUUAAAUCUAAGCCGUCGUUUGAGAGUUCACGAUAUUCAGCUGCCUGAUCCUUUUAAAAUGAAUGUUUUAAACGAUUUUACGCAUUGUUUCUCGCCCCUUUG